UUGAUCUGUUUAUUUGGCGGUAUCCUCGAAAUUUUUUUUAUUCCUCGAUUAAUUAAGAUGAUAUUUACCGACUUUAUUAAUUAAAAUGGCUUCGUCAGAAAAUUCCACCGACAUAGAAGAUAUCAAUGAAAAAAUAUAUGUUGAUUCGUAUUACUGUUUCCUAAAAAAUAAGAAGAACAAUUCGUUAGAAGCAUCAGAUGCUCUUCGUGAUUUAACAAGACAAGUAAAUUUUCAUGCCGAUAAUCUCAAUGUAACGAAAUCUAGUGCUGACAAAUUAAAAAAUGAAUUUAUUUCUGAAUAUUUCAAUUUUAUAGAUAGUGCUGUAACAUCUCAAUCUUUAUUGCCUGCUUGUGAUAACCCAGCUAUUGGUGAUGGGUAUUCCCCUGAAGAAGAUCAAAAAAUUCCUAUAAUGAAAAAUAUUGUCAAGGAGUUGAACAUGCACUUAAGUAAUUUACAAAUAAAUCUAUCUUCUCCAACAUCAUCUGGUCCUCUUUUCAAAUUUAUGAUGACAUCUGAGUCAACUAAUUUUGAUAAAGAGAAUCCAUCUGUUAAUCAGAAUACAAAUUUACGUCCAAAAAAACAAUCAGGACCUCAUAUCAAAUCUAAUGGAAAGCCUACUUCUUAUGGUGCUACUAACAUUUCAAAAACUUUCAGUAGUAAUACAAAUUCUCUUCAAAAAACCAGUGAAUCUUUUUCCAAACCAAAAAUGAAACCCUUGAACAACUUUGGACAUACGAGUCAUCCAAAUCUAUCAUCCUUUCAUACUAAACCUCCCAUUCAACGCAAAUUCUAUGGUGCAGGAUUAUCAUCUAAGCGUCAUGUAGAAGAGGAUCAAGAAUCAAAUUCCGAGCGUUCAACUAAAAAAUUUAAUAGUUAUAAUUCAAAAUUAUCAGUACAACCUAAAAGUGAACAGUCUAAAUCUUGUGGAACUGGAUUUGUGUCAGCGAGCUCUAUGUAUCGAAACCCGUUAAAGAAAGAAAAAAAUGAUGAGGCAGUGAAUUCUUCACCCGAGACAAAUCAAGAAUCAGAAGUAAAUAAUCAUGAAUCAUUAAAACACUUUGAUAAAAAGAUUGUGGAUGUAAUUUUCAAUGAGAUAAUGGAUUUUAGUCCAAAUAUUAAAUGGUCUGACAUUGCUGGUCUUGAUUUUGUCAAAACAACAGUUCAGGAAAUUGUGAUUUGGCCAUUACUGAGGCCAGAUAUUUUUACUGGCUUGAGAGCUCCUCCUCGAGGCAUUUUAUUAUUUGGGCCACCUGGUACUGGUAAAACUUUGAUUGGUAAAUGUAUUGCAACUGAAUCAAAUUCUACUUUCUUUUGCAUUAGUGCUUCAUCUUUAGCAUCCAAAUGGGUUGGCGAGAGUGAACAAAUGGUUCGAGCAUUAUUUACUGUAGCCCGGCUCAAUCAACCUGCUGUUAUAUUUAUUGAUGAAAUUGAUUCAUUAUUGUCACAGAGAAGCGAUAAAGAACAAGACUUUUCACGAAAACUUAAAACUGAAUUUCUUGUGCAGUUUGAUGGGGCUAAAACUUCCUCUGAAGAAAGGGUUCUUGUGGUUGGUGCUACAAAUAGGCCACAUGAAUUAGAUGAAGCAGCAAGACGUCGAUUUGUAAAAAGACUUUAUGUGCCUUUACCUGAAGAAUCUGCCAGACGGCAAAUUAUACAAAAAUUAUUAAUAGCUCAUCAGCAUGAAUUAUCAGAAAAUGACUUAGAUAAGAUUUGUGAUGAAACCAAAGGUUAUUCAGGAUCAGAUGUGGCACAUCUUUGUAAAGAGGCAGCUAUGGGACCCAUUAGAUGUAUUGGUCCAGAAAAUAUUAAAACAGUAUCCCUUGAACAAGUGCGACCAAUCAAUUUGAAUGACUUUAUGGUUGCUUUGAAGCAAGUCAGAGCAAGUGUAGCUCAAGAUGAUCUUAACUAUUACUUGGAAUGGAACAAAAAAUUUGGGAGUUUUGGAACAUAAUUUCGUAAUGUUUGUCUUUAUAAAUAAAUGCGUAUUCAGUUCUAACAGCAGUUAUAUAUUGAUUUUUUCUUUUAAAAU